CUCCCUCCCUCCUUCUCUCCCUUCCUCCAUGCCAACCUCCCUCCCUCUCUGGAUCUCCUGCUCUCUCCCUCUCCCUCCUCUCCCGUGCUCCCUCCCUCCCUCCCUCCCUCUUUCCCUCCCUCCUCUCCUCUCCCUCUCCUCUCCUGCUAUAGAGGGCUCCGACAGCAGUUCCCAGCCAGCGUGUUCAGCCUGCCUGCCUGCCUGCCUCUGUGUGUGUGUGAGCGUGUGUGCGUGCGUCUACUUUGUACUGGGAAGAACACAGCCCAUGUGCUCUGCAUGGACGUUACUGAUACUCUGUUUAGCUUGAUUUUCGAAAAGCAGGCAAGAUGUCCAGCACACCACAUGACCCCUUCUAUUCUUCUCCUUUCGGCCCAUUUUAUAGGAGGCAUACACCAUACAUGGUACAGCCAGAGUACCGAAUCUAUGAGAUGAACAAGAGACUGCAGUCUCGCACAGAGGACAGCGACAACCUCUGGUGGGACGCCUUUGCCACUGAAUUUUUUGAAGAUGAUGCCACAUUAACCCUUUCAUUUUGUUUGGAAGAUGGACCAAAGCGAUACAGUAAGAAAGAAGUUUGUUUUUCUAAUAUUUCCUCUUUUUGUGCCUGUAAGAAAACCACAGGGGUCUUCAGAGAAUAGCACAGAGCUGACAGCCUGACAAUAAUACCUCCACUCCUGACGAUGUUCUUGCUGCCUAUCAAGUCAUUGUCACUGGGUGGCAGCCCGAGUUGGCUCUGAGAGAUUUCCUUCGAGGCUU